UUUCGGUUACAAAGCGCUGCACGCACACUAUACUCCAAGUAGUAAAGUACAGAAUUAAUUUCGAUACGAUCAUCCGUAAAUUUCCAUACAAUUAAUUUCCAUAUAUGGAUGAGUGAUCACGUGCAAUUAGUAUAGUUAGACGACACACGCGUCAUUCUAUCAUGUAUGCCUACUAACUAAGAAGUGGUGCCACUAAAGUAGUAUAACCUGAAAUAUAACUUUUAUCUACCAAGGUACCAGUCAUAUUUUGACACGAAGAUUAUCAUGAUGGAGCCUAUCCCAUCUGGUCGAGAGCCACUACAGUGAACGAUUGGCCGCAGGCCUAACUGCUAGAAGAAGACUUUGAAAAACGAACGUAGAGGGGGCGUAGAGGACGUCAACAAACAUUCGACUUGCAGUAAAGGAACUCUGAUUAUCUGUAUUGUUGCCGAUGUUUGAGGUUUGGAAACAGUUCGGUGGCUUAUCUAGGAAACCGAUAGUAAUUCGUUCAUUGGUACCAGGAGUAUGUCUCGCAUAGAUUACCGUGUAUUCAUUUUGAUAUGCUUGGUCGUUUGGAUCAUCAGGUCCAGUGAUGGUGCCCGUAUUCUCCUCAGCUCUGAGGAAGGAUCUGGAAGUCACUUCUCAGUUUUGUCUACCAUCGGUCACGCUCUAAUUGACAAGGGACAUCACGUCACAGCCCUCAUCAGCGAAGCCAACAAGGAUAUGGCUACGGAUGAUAAAUUCCGUCAUCUAAAAUUCGAUAUCUUUCCCGACUCCACGAUGGCCUAUACGAAAGAUUGGAUGGCAUUUGUAGUAAGUAAUGAAAUGAAAAAAACCAUCCCUUUGCCAUCACCCCGAGCCAUUUAUGGCAUCUUCAAACGUUGUCAAGAGCAGGUUGACCACGCAAUCGAGAACAAACGAAAAGGAAUUAAAUACGACUUACUCAUCCUCGAUUUUCACAAACCAUGUUCUGUAGUUCUUGCAGGAGCCUUAGACACACCCUAUGUCUUUGUGGUCCCAAGUGGGAUCAAGCCAUCACAAGCCCGUCGGUAUGGUACGUCAAGUACAACCGCUUAUUAUCCGGAAAUGUCUUCAGGCUUGCAAUCUGAAAUGGGGUUCUUUAACCGUUUCUCAAAUACGUUAACAAGCAUCCGAGAAGACCUGAGUAUCUUCUUUAUGUACGAUGUCUACUUCUUCUUGCUCUCUUUCCAUUUCUCGCUCUCACCUCGUGUAUCGCACAUUAUGUCUGGUUCAGAGUUGAUCUUAAUCAAUUCUGACUUUGCAGUGGAUUUUCCAUUCCCUCUCCAUCCCAAUGUCAUUACUAUUGGAGGAUUAUCAGCCAGAACUCCAAACGCCCUUAACGAGGAAUGGAUGAAGUUAAUGUCUGCAUCUCAAGAGCACGGGGUGGUCAUCUUUUCCUUGGGCACCUACGCCGAUGGUACCUUGACGAUGGAUGAUAUCAAGACGAUUGCUCGUGUCUUUUCUUUACUCAAACAGACGGUCGUUUGGCAAUCCAAACAAGACAUACAUUCAGAUGUUUCACUUAGUCCUAAUAUAAAGGUCUUCCCGUGGAUUCCGCAAAAUGACUUACUCGGUCAUCCGUCCGUUCGUCUUCUUAUCUUCCAUGGAGGUAACAAUGGAAUGCAUGAAGCUGUUUAUCACGGUACACCUAUGGUUGUCAUCCCAUUAGGUUUAGAUCAUUUUGAUGUUGCUGCUAGAGUAGUUCAACGUGGUAUUGGGUUGCCUCUUGACUUCUCGAGACUGACGCAAGAACACAUGCUAAAAGCCAUCAACACCGUUUUACAUGACUCGAGUUUUAAAGCCAGUGCCCAGAGGGCUUCAGAAAUAAUGAGGGGAAGACUGGACCACCCGCUUAACCGCUCUGUUCACUGGAUCGAACACGUCCUGAAAUACAAAGGAAGCUACUUACGACCUUCUAGCUCGAAAAUGUACUUCUGGCAAUUAUACCUUCUUGACAUCUACAUCGCGAUGGCAAUUAUGUCCUUUAUUGCUUAUAAGUUACUUAAGUUAGUUUUAAGGCUAUCCAUACGACUUUGGAAUGAUCCUUAUAUGCGAGACCGUACAAGGCGCUGUAAACUAAUCAGUAUCAAACACAUGAUGGUGAUCUGUGUUUUAUUCGUACUCCUUUUUAUUUUUCUAGCACGUGUAUAACUAAUGUAUUAGAUGAUAAAAACAAGGAAAUUAGAUUUGUCCAAAGUACAUAUACAUGCUCUUUCUGUCCAAACACCAAGGGAAUAAUCCAUCAUAUUCUGACUUAUUAUGUAACUCUGUUAGAAAGAUACACAUGGCGUCGAAAUGGAAUCCUUAACUCAAUAUAUAGUGAAUCUUCCAAACCGUGAAGAAAGGGUCAGGGGUAUUAGCAGUAUAUAGAGGGCCAGUUGAUAUAGCGAGAAGUCGAGGAGGAACAAUCCCCCGCCGAAUAUCCUGGUUACAAACCAACGUCCAGAUCUCGUUAUAGUUUGGGAACAUACAGAGUAAAUCAUGCUAAUAUACAGUAUAUCCAGCUUAUCGUACUUUUUCAAAGGAACAUUGACGCCGCGCAAAGACAUAUAUGAAAAACUCAUUGCAGACCUAAAUCAUGAAUAAUCUAUCCCCAAAAUAUUUAAGAAACGAAUUCGAGUUAGUAUCACAUACGUAUCAGUCCCGGAACAAAAUUUUAAUCACCCAAACCAAGAACAAAUUACCUCAAAAGAUCCUUCAAAUAUAAAAGCGCCAUGGCUUAUAAUUCCCUUCCUCCUCGCAUUAAAUCAUCUCAUAGUAUUGAAAUCAAAGAUUGUUGAUCUGUAGCACAUGGACUCCGGUAGCCCCUCCCGCUCCCCCUUAAUUCCCUGUUAGGUUUAUACACCCCUUCAUUUUUUUUCUGCUUGCUGUUUUUUUUUACAUCUACAUAUGUUUUCUGUUGAUUACUUGUAUUUUUUAUGUUCGUUACAGUUUCCAUUUAUCUUCUGUACAUGUUUGUUUAGAAUCUGUUAUUUCAAUCUGGUUUGAUUGUGUCCAACUUAAACAUGUAUAUGUCAAUGUUUAAAUGUUUUUGGACCCCACGGAAGACCAGCAUGACUGUGCUACUCAAGCUGAGUGUGGAGAAUCCUCCUUAAUUUAUUGUGUGCUUUUUAAUUUAAUAAAUUUAUCUUUAGGGACCCCGGGGAAAAACAGCUUGGCUAUUAAUAGCCAAUCUGAAACGGGCCUAUCCCUGCGAUACAAAAUUUUGUA